CAAAUUUUUGGUUAGUCUUUUUUAAAGUCUUUUGUUGAGAUGGCGUUUUUACUUAUGAUCAUUUGCAGCAUUUUUUUAGGAGCAUCAGGAGCCAAAAAAGAGGUUUACUAUAAAAUUGUCUUCCUUGAAGUUCGAUCGGCGCCUACAGAAUACAUGAAAAUGGAUUUUCAAAUAACCCAAAAUGCCUCACUAAAUGCAGACGUUCAAGUAUUCAAGGACAUCCAGCAUCCCUACUGGCAAUUUGAAGUAAUGUUGGAUCAUCGGAAUAGGACAUCGGUGUAUUUUAGCCGGAAAUUGGGGUUAUGCGAUGUAGUCGAUUACUCCAAACGUGUUCCAUUAAUCCACACCCUGCUGGCGUCAUCCCUCAAGACAACUAAUGCGACAUUUUCAUGUCCCUUUAAAGCGGGUUAUUACUACGUGAAAAACUUUACAUUUCCUUCUAAUGCGAGCCCGUUAGUAUUGAUUUAUAUUCCAGGUUCAAUAGUUAAAACUCGAACUAUUUUCUAUGACAAGGUCGCUAGGAAAUUGAUUGAAUCCGGUAGAUUGGAAAUUGAUGCUCAAAUUAUUAGAUAUUAUUGA